AUGUCUGCCUAUCCCGCAUAUUUGAUGGGCGCUCUCUGCGUUGUUGGGGGCAUUACUGGCUACGUGAGGACGCGCAGUAUUCCGUCUAUUGUCGCAGGCGUAGGUGUGGGAGCACUUUACCUUUGGAGCGCGGACAGCAUCCGCAAGGGGACAAGCAAUGGUCUUGAAGCUGCCCUCGGUGCAUCCGCCUUGCUACUCUUAUCUUCGCUUCCUCGCGUCGCAAAGGGCCCUGUACCGCUCGCUCUCACCAUAACGUCUACCGCCGCAGGAUGCUACUACGGAUCGACCGUAUACCAACUCCGGAGGCAGGCGCAGGCGUAG